ACCGAGUGACCAACAUGGCGAGCUCCACUGCAGUUGUUGGAACAAGCAUCUCAAUACGUUUGAAAAACCUAGCUGUCAAAUCCAUUGCCCAGAGAUGUGUAGAAGUGGAUUCCAUCAUCAAGUCAACAGGAGGGAAGGAACUGAGAAAUGCCCUCCCAGACCUGCUAGAGCACAUCUUUGGCCUUGAUACCGAGCCUGGAUGGGGACUGGACAUGCUUUGUCGUUCCAAUAACACACAUGACUUUGAUGCAGUCAGGAAGCUUCUAGCCCCUGAGGGUCCUCUUUUAACACUAAUAAGUAGUCUACAAGUGGACCAGUACAUAAGCUAUGAAUUUCCAACAAAAUAUUUGCCUGCUCCUACAAGGAACAUCAUUGAAGAAGGAGGAAUUCCUCUGUUUUAUGCUAAUAAACUACAGUACCAGAACUACGGACGACCGACAGUAGUGCUCAAUGCAUUUGAGUGCUAUCUGUUCCACUUUGUGUAUUGCCUGGUGAGUCCUGCCUGGCAGAAGAGAAACCCGUCUUGGAACACACUGACUGACUGCCUGUAUCCCUGUCUCAUAGACGAUUACCUUAGCUACUUCCUGCCACUACAUAAAGACAGCCUGCCUGCAAUGCCCCACACUAUCUCUCCCAUGCGCAGUCCAAUGGCACACUCCAUUAUAGGAGGAAAAUCACCCAGUAAUGUGACACCACCCAAGACAAGGUCAAGGUUAGGUCUACUGAAGUCUAGCUUCACAACCAUGCCUAAACAACACACACAGGGCUCACCCGUGUUUGGUCAGAGUGAGGCAGAGACCUGGCGCUCGGAAACACUGCUCCAGACUUUAGUUGAGUUUUGGCUGAAUCAGAACCCAGUUGAGGUUGAAAGACAACUGCUGACAGGCAGUGCUAUGACCAUGUUUGCCCCUUCCCGGCGGCCUCGAGGACCAUUUGACUAUUUGUAUGAACACUUCAUGCCGAGUAAAAACCACACUCGCCUUGUACGCAUGCUCAUCAAACAUAUCCAUAACUUUGUCAAUACUGCGCCCCACGAUGUGAUGACAUCAUCGUACCAGACCCAUCUGGUGUCGCCUCUCGAUGAGUUUAAAAAGAAUCUAAUCCCACACAUCAUCCAGAAGAAGUUGUAUGCCUUCCUCAGACACGGAUUCGACCGCUGGCCUCUGGAUUCAUCUUUUAGGCUGAUGCUGGAGACUUGGUUGACGUACAUCCAGCCGUGGCGCUACAUCCCGAGUACCAACAACAACUGGACCAAGCAACGCCGUGAUAGUGACUCGGAUACCAAGGCUGUGGAUGAAAUCCGCUGGCACCCCUUUGUGGAGGACAACUUGCUGUUUUACACUGUGCUGUUUCAAGAGUUUCUGUGUCGCGUGUUCCGUAUGGACCUCACCGCUCCCAUCAAUGGCCUUAUGUUGUACAGGGUGGCAAAGGUAUUCAGUCUCCAAAACCUGUCGGCUCUAAUACGCACAGCUGAGCGGGAUCUUUGUUCCUCCCUGUACCGGUCACUACGAUUGUCCCCGACCCACGACCUGGGAGGUAGUUAUCUGUCCCAGGAGACCAACCUCAGCCUGCACACACAGAUCUCCGAGCUAGAACGGUCUGGUUUCCAGUAUUCUCCUCUGUUUGGGCCUGCGGCAGAACCAACCAUGCUGGCUGUAACUGAUGUAAUGAGACAGAUAUGCCAGGCCAAGACUACCAUCACUAGUGUGGAAUCCUCUCGGACAAAGGCAUCAAAAUCUGGACUGUCCUCACUCUUUGAUAUGUCUAGCUGGUUUGAGGACCAAAACAAGAGUUUUGGAGACCUCAGUGUUGCCGAGGUGAAGAAACUUCAUAGUUACCUUGAGAUGAGCAUCAAAGGAUUAUGUAAUGUAUUUGAGAUCCCGCCUGUAGAGUACCUGACCCACGGUAUGUGCUCCUCUCCGUAUGACCAGACAUCAGUGUUGGGACAGACCUCAUUUCUGGGCAGCCUGUCUGAGCCUGGGACACCCGACUGUGAGGAUACAGAGGACGGUUUCAGACUUACACCACUCGGUAGAUACCAGAUGAUGAAUCGGAUGAAAAAGUUUGAUGUUGGUUACCAAGGGGACCCAGCCUUGCAGCCAAUCAGAAGUUUUGAGAAUGCCUUACUUGUACGCUUACUUCAUCAGUUCUGCCUGUUUUUUAACACGCAUUUUCACUCGGAGAUCCUGAACCUUUACUACAGAGAAGGAAUCUUCGGGAAAAUGUUCCAGGUGUAUCUGUCCCCCCCACUCAUGCCAGACAAAAAUCUUAAUUCACCGAUUUCAAAAAACAUGCAAAAGGAACUCGAAACACCAAGACUUAGUCUUCGCUUUUUGGCGAACUAUCGUAACUUGAUGUAUCUAGGACUUGUGUAUGUUUUCAUGAGAUUUCUGUUCGGACUCAGUCCGAUAGGAUACUUUUUCUUUCUGUUAUUCUGUGGAAUUGUGAUCGGAUUCCUUCGAGCGUUAGCACAACCGAGACAAAUAGCACACCUACAAAGUGAUACGUGAUGGACAGAUUCUCAUAUACUACAGUGAUAACCGUGUCUCCUGGUACAAAUAGGAGGUGAUACAGGAGAGGCAGCUGGCUGUAAAUUACUGACUAAGUUAUGUAUUCUGGGCAUACACAGGAAGCAAUGCAUGAAAUGCAGACUGCUGUAGACUACUGACCUGACUUAUACAGCUGGAACAUAGAUGAUUCACAAAAGGCAGACUGCUGUAGACUACACUUCCAUCUAUCAUAGAGCCCUGAUUGCUGGUAGGACUAACUGUGGCUUGAAUAUAUACUAGACAAGAAAAUGUUGAUAUUUUCGAAACCUUACAGUACGUGUUCAUCCAGUGGUAGUGACAACACAGGUCAGUCAGAUACGUACUGAAUCACCUGAACAGUUAGGGCUCUCAAUCACAGACAGCCAAUGAUGUCACCUGGACAGUUAGGGCUCUCGAUCACAGACAGCCAAUGAUGUCACCGGGACAGUUAGGGCUCUCGAUCACAGACAGCACAAUGAUGUCACCCGGACAGUUAGGGCUCUCAAUCACAGACAGCCAAUGAUGUCACCUGGACAGUUAGGGCUCUCAAUCACAGACAGCCAAUGAUGUCAACGUGCACAGUUAGGAUUGCUGUAGACUUAGGAACAGCGACAGAUCAAGGUUGUUGUGAUUUCAGUCACAUAGACAGUUGUGCUUAGAGUACCUAUUCAUGGGUUUAGUUACUUGUAUCAUCAAAACCAGAGUUCAAAUCGAAUCCAGGAAGCAAUCUGUGAUGAAUUUUUUUUAAUUCAUAGACCUUCUGAAUGCCAAAAAUAAAAACAAACAAAAACCAAUUUGAUUCAAAUACAAGCUAGCUAAUGGCCACUGUAUAAUUAUAAACAGUGUAUUUACUACUGCUGAAUGAUUCAAAUUCAGAUUUAAAUUAAAACCAUGGAAUAUAUUAUUUGAUUAUGAAAGGAACAAUGCUGACAUUACUGUUACUUAAUUGUUUAAAUGAGUUUCUGUUAUUUGGAGUAAUGUUGUGGUUAGAGUGAUUAACAAGCUUAUAUCAUAUACCUAACAAAUAACAACAAAAUACUCCUAGUAUACUGUUCACCUUGAAAAUGUUCACCAGUUUAACUUUUCGCCCUCCAUAAUGAGGUAGAAUUUAUAGUAAUAGCAAACAUUAGUAUAUAUAAACUUUAUUUAUUUUACAACAAUUAUGAAACAAAUUUUCACAACUUAUAUUAAUCACUCUUGUUGCCCGGAUGGUCUUAAUGUGGGAGGAAACCAGAGUACCUGGAGAAAACCCAUGUGGUCGGGCAGGUGACCCCAUAUGUUUUUCACGUCCGAUCAUGGAAUCGAACCCUCGACGCCUUGGUGAAAGGCAAGUGUGCUAUCCACUGCGCCACCAGACCAACCCAUUACACCACCAAACAUUAGUAGACAGCAUCAUUAAUAAUUAAUAAUCAAAUGUGAAGGGCAGAAUUAGCACUGGAUGGAUAUGGAUUGUGUAGCUAGGGUGAAAGUUUCCCGUUAUACAGUAGAUGUAAGUGAUUUAAUCUACAACAAAUCAUCUGUGUUGACAGUAUUUAUUUUUAUAAUCAACUUUGUACACAUGAGAUAUCUAAUAUGUAUGCAGAGUAAAUGUUUAGUUUGUAUGAGGUGAGAAUUGAUACAUGUAUGCUUUAUAUGGCUUUACAGUUCUUGAAACAGGAGAUAUGAGCAGAGAGGUUGCAGGAGUAUCAUAAAGUGGGAAAAGAUACCAGGUGGGAGAGUUGGGGAAGAGAUAAAGUGGGAAAAGAUACCAGGUGGGAGAGUUGGGGAAGAGAUAAAGUGGGAAAAGAUACCAGGUGGGAGAGUUGGGGAAGAGAUAAAGUGGGAAAAGAUACCAGGUGGGAGAGUUGGGGAAGAGAUAAAGUGGGAAAAGAUACCAGGUGGGAGAGUUGGGGAAGAGAUAAAGUGGGAAAAGAUACCAGGUGGGAGAGUUGGGGAAGAGAUAAAGUGG